AUUUAGUUACAGCAGCAAUGUGUUCAGGCAUGAUGCCUGGAUGGUAUGGAUGCAUAUUUGUUGUCAAAAUCCAUGUUAUGCAUAUUUACAGGACAGAAAAGUAAUGUUCAUCUGCAGCUCUGUCACAACGCAUCCGUGACUACGUUUCCCACAAGGCGUUUCGGUGUACGUCAUAACUCUGCGCAGCGCUAAAGUGGCUUUAUAGAAGAGGUUGUUUUACCGGCCGCUCACCUGAAUUCCCCGCUGCUGCUCUCAUCAUGACUAAACUUCUGGAGUGGCUGCUCGGCGUGUCGCUGGUGUUAUCAGCCUGGGCUGUGGUGUCUUUCGACCUGUUGGAGCUGAGCCUGCCGCAGACCUAUAGAGAGGUGGCCUGGCCGAUGCCCUUGUACCUGCUGGUCACUUUUGGCUGCUACUCCCUGGCUACGGUGGGAUACCGGGUGGCAACCUUCAAUGACUGUGAUGAGGCGUCUGCCGAGCUGCAGGGGCAGAUACAGGAAGCCAAACAGGACUUAAGGAAAAAGGGCUUAAAGAUAUAGGACUUCACAGGAACUAUGUAUUUGUUUUUGAGAGAUUGAAAGGGAUGCAUGGACUACUCUCAAACACAACCUGACAGAACAAAUGUUGUUGUUUAGGAUGUGUGAAAUGUGUUGGAUGAAACUCCACUUUGAACUUGUACACUCUUUUUUGUUUUCAGCAUACAUUGUAUGAUCAUCUAUCAUAAUAACCAUUUAUGCAGCAGUGUUAGUCAUUAUUUAGUGUCAUCUCUUACAGAUGAAAUAUUGAUCAGGUAUGCUACUGGAAAUUUGUAAAUUAACAGCCUGAUAGCUAUUUCUAUGAAGCAACUUAGCAUUUAACAACACCAUAUUCAGUUUGAGUCAGUUCAUAGCAGGUGGUUUUACUGACAUCUUAAACCAGAUAAAACACGCUAAAUUGUGAAAGGUGCUUUGUAUGGUUACAAACUACACAUGGAUAAACUCCCCUGAAAAUCACUGCUCUGCUUAAUUCUCCUUUUUUAAAAGUUGCCCAUCAUUGGAAUGCUAACAAAUGGAACCAAAAGGUCACUGGGACAAACUCACUAAGGACUGUUACCACUGGGAAUGUUCAGACCUUUCAAUCUGUAUCAAAUCCAAACUAGUACUACACAGUGGGGACCUUGUUGUGUGUGGGUAGGGCUGUUGUCGCCUGUAUGUAUAGAUGCACUAGAUUUUAUCUGUAAAGUGUACAUUCCAUUGUAUAAUUUCAGAUGCACGCCCUUUGGCUAUAUCUGAAACAAAAUUAAAAUGGAGUCUAUUUUUCUGCUCACAAA